AUGUUACGAAUCAACAUUACUCUCGUUACCCAAAUUCAUCGCCGUAGUAUCUUCUCCUACACGUUAUAUCAUCAUAAGCUCUCGCCAAUUGUAAGUUCGUCAAUACCUCUGUAUCAUAGCUCUUUCAAUGCAUCCAUGCCGAAUUCGUCACUUAAGUCAUUGGAAUUUAGUCGCAUUUCACUUCUGAGAUUGUUUCGACAAAUGGGUAAUCGUAAUUUGACACUGAUUCACUCUUAUAGUGGAGGUGGUAAUGAUGCAUUUGAUCGAACAUCUGGUGGGCAAGUUUCACCUUUAAGUAGUGAUGGUGAAUUGGAUGAAAAAGAUGGUGAUUCUGGUUCUGAUGAUACCGCUGUAGAUAAACAACCUAAAGGAUGUGUUCCAACUUCCAUUGUUGGUGAAAAUUUGUACAAUAUUAUCAUAGAUUGUAAGCCUAACAACCCACAAAAUAGUUACAUGGAGAGGUCUCUUGACGAAGCUGGUGUUCAAUUGACUACACCCUUGGUGAUCGAGAUUUUAGGGAGUCUUAGAUAUCAGGAGAAUUUAGCUUUUCGGUUUUUCACAUGGGCUGGGAAUCAAGAAAACUAUAGUCAUGAACCUCAGGCAUAUAAUGAGAUGAUCGAUAUCCUAUCAAACACAAAAUACAAGGCAAAACAGUAUCGUAUAGUUUGUGAUCUUCUCGAUUACAUGAAGAGAAACAACAAAACUAAAGUGCCUAUCGAAGCAUUGUUAAAGAUUCUGAAGCAGUAUGCAGAUAAGCAUUUGACUCAUCUUCAUAAGUUUGCAAAGAAGAAAAAAGUCAAGCUUAAAAAACUCCAGCCAGAAAUCGAUGCAUUCAACGUGUUAAUAGAUGCUUUUUGCAAGUCUUGUUUAGUUGAAGAUGCUGAAUCCAUGUUCAUGAGGAUAAAGAACAAAGUCAAACCCAAUGCUAGCACAUAUAACAUCUUGUUUUUCGGUUGGUGUAGAGUGAGAAAUCCUAAAAGAAGUAUGCAAAUACUUGAUGAAAUGAUCCAAAUGGGCCAUACCCCAGAAAAUUUCACCUACAACACUGCCAUUGAUACAUUUUGUAAAUCUGGAAUGAUCUCAGAAGCUUAUGAACUUUUAGAGUUCAUGAAAGAAAAAGGUACAUUCAUGUCUUCACCCACUGCUAAAACAUAUGCAAUCAUGAUAGUCGCAUUUGCACGUGAAAAUAAAAUGGAUGAAUGUUUUAAACUUGUUGAUGACAUGGCAUCUAGUGGAUGCCUCCCUGAUGUUUCAACAUAUAGAGAAAUGAUUGAAGGGAUGUGCUUAGCUGGAAAAGUCGAUUAUGCUUAUAAAUUCUUGGAAGAUAUGAAAAACAAAGGCUACCCUCCUGACAUUGUUACAUACAACUGUUUUCUAAAGGUUCUUUGUGAUCAUAAAGAUAGUAAAGAAGCAUGUAAUCUUUUCAAGAAAAUGAUUGAAGCUGGUUGUGUGCCAAGUGUCCAAUCUUAUAACAUGCUAAUUAUGAUGUUUUUCAAGAUUAGUGAUCCGAUUAGGGCGUUUGAGAUAUGGGAUGGGAUGGAUAUUCAUAUUCGUGAUACUGAUUCUUAUUGUGUAAUGAUUGAAGGGCUUUUUGGGUGUGAAAGAAUAGAGGAUGCUUGUGGUCUUUUGGAAGAAGUUUUGAAUAAAAAUAUGAAAUUGCCUUAUCAAAAGUUUGAUACUUUCUUGAUGCAACUUUCAAGAAUUGGUGAUCUUCGUGGUAUUCAUAGAUUGUCUCAACACAUGAGAAAGUUUUAUAAUCCUUCUAUGGCGCGUAGAUUCGCAUUAAGUCAGAAAAGGAAGAGUGUUAGUUUAAGAGGGAAAUGA